CCACGCGCGAUCCUGUAAACCAAUUCGACUUGUAGGUCGGUCUUUUGGCAGGGCAAAUCUCGAUCACCAAGGAUGAGUCCGCAAGCUUUUGGUAAAAAGGUGGAUGUUGAUCCGGAGCGCAUGCUAGGCCGGCUGAAUUUGGAAGAGAAGAUCUCUCUGCUUGCUGGGGCGGAUCUAUGGCGGACCACGCCAGUGCCGAGAGUGGGGCUGCCCUAUUUGAAGAUGACGGACGGCCCCAAUGGAGCUCGCGGAGGUGGAGAUUUCAACAAUUCUGUGCCUGCUGCCCUGUUCCCCUCGCCAUCCUGCCUGGGCGCCACGUUCGAUGUGCAACUUGCAGAGGCGAUGGGAAGAGGAAUCGCUCUUGACUCGAGAUCGAAGCAAUGCCACGUUUCGCUCGCUCCGACGGUCGGAGGAAUGCACAGAGAUCCAAGAGGCGGAAGAUCGUUUGAAAGCUACUCGGAAUCUCCGACGCUCGCUGGCGCCAUCGGAGCUGCUUGGAUUGUCGGAUGCCAGCAAGAAGGCGUCGCUGCCACGCCAAAGCACUUUGUGGGAAAUGAAGCGGAGACGGAUCGAAGGAACAAUAGCUCGAUGAUUGAUGACUCGACGCUGAGAGAGAUUUACCUGGCACCCUUCCAACGAAUCAUGAGGGAUGUCGCUAGAGCUGCCAAACGCCGAGGCAACAUUGCUGUGGAUCCCUUCGGUGGUCAGCCGGCAUGUAUCAUGACAGCAUACAAUCGUCUCAACCUCGUCAGCGCCAGCGAGCACAAAGUCACACUGCAGCAGAUCUUACGGAAGGAGUGGGGCUGGAAAGGAAUGAUCAUGUCGGACUGGUUCGCUUUGCACGCCCACGCACUUCAGACGACCGACAUUGAGAUGCCUGGGCCGUCUCAAUUCAGAAAGUCAGACGAUGUGAAGCGGUUGCUGCAAUCGAGCGAGGUGACGGAGCAAGACAUAGAUGCGAGGGUGCUCCCCAUACUUCGCCUGCUCAAAUCCGUCUCGCCGCUCGGCUUCUGCGAACGUCCCGAGGAUGAGAAAGAGCACUCGGCGCAAGACAAGACUAUUGCGGAGUCGAUCAGACGGAUCGCUCGGGAGGGUGCUGUGCUGCUCAAGAACGACGGCGAGCUUCUUCCUCUCAGCCUUGACAGUCCACCUAGACGCAUCGCCUUGAUUGGGCACCCUGUCAAGGAAGCGAUACAGAGCGGAGGUGGAAGCGCAAAUCUGACACCGCAAUACAAGACGGAUCCAUUCACGGCGGUGCGAAAGGUGCUAGACUCCAGCGAGGGCGGUAAAGAGACGGAGCUCACUUAUCAUCCUGGCGUGCCCAUCUACAACUUCCCUCCACCGCCCAACCCAUCUCAGAUCAUCGAUGGCGUGCAAUUGCAGUGGUUCGACCGCAGAGACGUCAGCUCCUCGGCGCCGAUCGCUACGACGCGCCAUGAUGCGUUGGGUAUCGAUCUCUGGUGGCCUCCGAGACCAGACAGCCUGCCAUCGAACGGCUGGUCAGUCUUGGCAUCCUUUACGCUCAAAGCACAGUCCACCGGAACACACUCAUUGGCUAUGCUCGCUUUCGGCGAUGCGCUGAUCCACAUUAAGCGAGACGAAACGAAGCUCAAAUUCUCUGGCGAAGCCGACAUUUUCGAAUUCAUCCUGAAUCCCGCAAAGGUUUGGAAAUCAUUUCCGAUUCAUAUGCAAGCGGGCGAAGAGAUCAAGAUCGAAAUUUCCUACGCUCCGCCUUAUCUGGAGAUGCCUUUCUGUGAGAUGAGGUGCGGAAGUUUCAAAGCUUCCUUCGUCGAAGAGAUUGACGAGGAUAGGCUGAUCAGCGAUGCGGCGGACGCUGCAAGAGAUGCAGAUGUGGCCAUUGUCUUUACUGCUACGGGCAAAGAGUGGGAGAGCGAAGGCUUUGACAGGCCGGAAAUUGCUCUGCCGAGGCGUCAGACAGAUAUGGUCACUGCUGUGAGAAAGGCGCAAGCCAAUACCGUCCUGAUCAAUAUCACGGGUGCUGCUGUCGAAUUGCCGAUGCUCGAGGGCAAAGAUGCCGUCAAAGCCGCCGUGCAGACCUGGUUUGGUGGUCAAGAGAGCGGAAAUGCGAUUGCAGACAUCCUGUUUGGUUUGGGUAGCGCGCCAGCCUCUGGUCGUUUGCCGUCUACUUGGCCUCGAAAGAUUUCAGAUCAUCCAUCUUGGUCAGCAGAUGGGUCGACGUUUCCCGGUACGCGAAGAGGAGACGAUGGUCUUUGCACAGAUUACAAGGAGGGAAGGUUGAUGGGCGCCGCAGGCUACGCAGCCAGAGGCAUCGCACCUGCUUUCUGGUUCGGCCAUGGUCUUGGUGGCUACACGACGUUUGAGACUAGCAUCGAAGACAUCUCAGGGGAGCUGAGCGAAUAUGCAGAUGGGUUCUUGAGCCUCAAAGUCAAAGUCACAAAUACUGGCAAGCGAGACGGCAAGGAAGUUGUUUUGCUCUUCGUGUCCCCUCCCGAGGCUGCGAUUCGUGGGACGGACAGACCGCCUCGAUCUCUGGCGGCAUUCCAAACGGUCCAUGUGGGCGCUGGACAGACCCAAAUUGCAAGUCUGAAUAUCGAGCAAGAGGCAGUCUCUUUCUGGGAUCCCGAAGCGUCCAAAAACGGCUCUUGGAGAGUCACGCCAGGGCAGUACGAGCUCAGGCUGGCCAGGAGCGCUGAUCCAGGGCCGGAUGCUCUGAUCGAAUCGAAGGCAUUUGAGGUCAAGAAGGGAUGGACAUGGGAUGGAAUCGGGCACGUCUGAGCGGGCCGGGUGUCAUUGGACAAUCACGAACACAUUCCCUAUUCAUCCAUGCCGGUGAAAUGAUGACACCGCGGGCUCGCUGCAAAGCCGCCGAGGCCGCGAGCGCUGAAGAGGGACGGGU